UUCUCUGGUUUGACUCAGACUGAACUAGGAUUAUGUCACUGUCAGAGGGCUUGAGAUAUAAUUAUGGUUGUUUAUGUAUAAUGGUGUCGUGUGGGGCUUUUCAAUGGUGAUAAAAGGGGGUUUAGUUUUAAAUUAUUGGCAGAGAGAUGUAUGGUGGGCACAUGGCCGACAGGCUGUGAAAAAGAAAAAAAGAGAGAACUGAGUGGGGGAAAGCUCUGUAGGACUUUUGACGGGCUGUGUGCUGUGGAAUCGGGGCUAAGGUGGUUGAACAGGGAUUUUGAUUAAUGAUAAAUUAGGGUUUUGUGCUGGUGGAAUUCGGGGCUAAGUGGUUGAACAGGGUUUUUGAUUAAUGAUAAAUUAAGUGGGUUGGAGAGAGGGAAUUUAAAAGGGCAUUUUGUUGUUGAUGCAGAACGCAUGCUGUGCCUACCUUAGUUCUGGUGCAGUUUUGUGUUUUGAUGAGUUUUUUAAUUGAAAGUUUUGGGGUUUUGUUGUGCUGCCUCUGGAAUCGGGAUUGCAUUUGAGUGUGUUUGUACGAGAGGAAAUUGUUUGGUCAGUGAGUAGGGUCGUGUGAAAAUUUUGCACGACAGUCGAUGUAGAAAGUAAUAGGAAAUGAAAUUCAUUUCCCGUUGUUUUAGCUGAUGAUACUAUUCCCCCGCAUUCUGCUAUAUUAUUGUUCUUGCUGCUGCCACCAGUUGGCAAUCUGCAAAGCACGUUCACGGGUCUACAAUACCUGUAUCUGCUGUAUUUGGUGAGUCCUUGGAGAUUAAAUUUGGCCUAUUCUGUGAGCUUGUAGCAGGAGAGCAAAUUAUGCCCUUUGAAGCAAUAAAACCAGAUGAUGGUGUUCUUUUUCAUGUCUCUAGCCCGCUUUAAUUUGUCUGAUCUUGUGUUCUGAGCCAUAGACCGGAAGGCCCAACUCUCAAGCAAGCCUUUCAAGUCUUGAUUUAGAAGUCACAAGUAUUCUGUGCUUGUACUGAGUUUUGAGUUUUCAGGAAGGGGAUCAGAAGGGAUUUUAGAGUCUUGUGUGUUUGGGAAACCUUUGGGGAUUCAAUCAUGAAAGUGGGUCUUUGUGUGUUUUUCCUGAUUUUUCUAUUCCAUGUGGGUUCAUCUGAAUCUUCGCAUUCCUCCAAUGCCAAGCUGCUUCUGGCCCUGAAAUCUGCCAUUGUUGAUACAGUUGGUUAUCUGGAUGGCUGGACAGAGGCAAAUUCUAGUAACCACUGUUCCUGGGCCGGGGUUAAAUGUGAUGCUUCUGAUCGUAUCAUAAGCCUGGAUAUCUCGAAUAUGAAUCUGUCUGGCCGAAUUACUCCCCAAAUAGGUCAUUUCCAUAGCCUUAUCAAUCUCACUGUUGCUGCCAAUUCCUUCACGGGUCCAUUCCCUUCGGAGAUCACCAAUGCUGUAGGCCUAAGAUCCUUCAACAUCUCCAACAACAUAUUUGUUGGGAAUUUCCCCUCCAAUUUCUCCAGGUUGAAGAACUUGGAGAUUUUGGACGUUUACAACAACAACUUCACAGGGCUAUUGCCUUCAGAAGUAUGCCAGAUUCCUAAACUGAGACAUCUCCACCUGGGAGGGAAUUAUUUCUCCGGAAGUAUACCUCCCGAGUAUGGUAAGUGGGAACAUCUGGAGUACCUUGCAGUAUCUGGAAAUGAGCUCCAAGGGAAGAUACCUGCAGAGCUCGGAAAUCUUAGCAAGCUUCGGGAGCUGUAUGUAGGCUAUUUCAAUGAAUAUGAUGGCGGAAUCCCUACUGAGAUGGGGAAGUUGAGCAAUCUUCUUCGUCUGGAUAUGUCAGAUUGUGGGUUGUCUGGUCCCAUUCCUCCCGAGCUUGGGAAUCUGAAGAAGCUCGACACAUUAUUCCUGCAAGUGAACGGCUUAACUGGUCUUAUCCCUCCAGAGGUGGGGAACCUCAUGAGCUUGAAAUCCCUGGAUCUCUCUAACAAUGAGUUGACAGGAGAAAUCCCUCAAGCCUUCUCAAAGCUUAAGGAGAUGACCCUGCUGAAUCUCUUUAGGAACAAGCUUCAUGGUGGCAUUCCUUCCUUUAUAGGGGACUUGCCCAACCUCGAAGUUUUGCAGCUGUGGGAGAAUAACUUCACUGGUGGGAUCCCGCAGCAGCUCGGAAGAAAUGGUAAGUUGUUGCAGAUGGAUCUUUCGUCUAACAAACUUACUGGUUUCAUUCCUCCGGAUCUCUGUGUUGGUGGGAGGUUGCAGGUACUGAUACUGCUUGACAACUUUUUCUUUGGCCCCAUUCCUGAGACGCUGGGCAGCUGCAUGUCUCUUACCAGAGUACGUAUGGGUCAGAAUUUCCUCAACGGGUCCAUUCCUAAAGGUUUACUGAACCUUCCCAAGUUGCAGAUGAUCGAGCUUCAGGAUAACUAUCUGAGUGGCAGCAUUCCAGAGCAAAAUACAGUUACAAUGAGGUUAGGUCAGUUAUCCUUGUCCAACAACAGGCUUUCAGGUCCACUUCCUGCAUCAUUAGGGAAUUUCUCUGGCCUCCAAACCCUCCUGCUGGAUGGCAAUCAGUUCACUGGCAGUAUUCCUCACCAGAUUGGCAGUUUGAAACAGCUGUCGAAGAUGGAUUUCAGCAGUAAUAGAUUUUCAGGAGCAAUUCCUCCAGAGAUUGGACACUGUAAGCUUCUAGCCUUCGUAGAUUUGAGUAGAAAUGAGCUGACAGGACAUAUCUCCCCAGAGAUCACCAAGCUGCGUAUUCUCAAUUAUCUCAAUGUCUCCAGAAAUCAUUUGGUUGGAAGUAUCCCUAGAGAAAUUGGAAGCAUGCUGAGCUUAACGUCUGUGGAUUUCUCCUAUAACAAUCUCUCUGGUCUAGUUCCAAAUACGGGACAGUUCAGUUACUUCAAUGCAACGUCCUUCGUUGGCAAUGCUGAGCUUUGCGGACCAUAUUUGAGUCCUUGCAGUGACAACGCUUCUCCAACGCAAGCCCAUGUCAAAGGUCCAUUAUCUUCAACUUUCAAGCUGCUUUUAGUCAUAGGUCUUCUUAUUUGCUCUAUGGCGUUUGCAAUUGCUGCCAUUAUUAAAGCAAGAGCUCUGAAAAAGGACAAUACUUCGAGGCAGUGGAAGUUGACUGCAUUCCAGAGGCUUGAUUUUUCUUGUGAAGAUGUUCUAGAAUGCCUGAAAGAAGACAACAUUAUAGGGAAAGGUGGAGCUGGAAUAGUUUACAAGGGCCUCAUGUCCAAUGGAGAGGAAGUUGCAGUAAAACGGCUUCCUGGAAAUGGCAGAGGACCUUCUUCGCACGACCAUGGCUUCAAUGCAGAGAUUCAGACUUUGGGCAGAAUUCGUCAUCGCCACAUAGUGAGACUGCUUGGCUUCUGCACUAACCAGGAAACCAAUUUGCUGGUAUACGAAUACAUGCCAAACGGUAGCCUUGGAGAGCUCCUGCAUGGUAAAAAAGGUGGUCAUUUGCACUGGGACACAAGGUACAAGAUUGCACUUGAGGCUGCCAAGGGGUUAUGCUAUCUUCAUCACGAUUGCUCUCCACUUAUUGUUCACAGAGAUGUCAAGUCCAACAAUAUACUUUUGGAUUCAAACUUCGAAGCCCACGUUGCAGAUUUUGGGCUUGCCAAGUUUUUGCAAGACUCUGGAGCAUCUGAAUGCAUGUCUGCAAUAGCAGGCUCCUAUGGCUACAUUGCACCAGAGUAUGCCUACACAUUGAAAGUGGAUGAGAAGAGCGAUGUAUACAGCUUCGGUGUAGUUCUUUUAGAACUAGUCACAGGCAGAAGACCUGUUGGAGAAUUCGGUGAUGGAGUGGACAUAGUUCAGUGGGUGAGAAAGAUGACAGACUCUACAACCGAAGGAGUCCCCAAGAUCUUAGAUGCAAGGCUCUCCAGUGUUCCAUUGCAUGAGGUGAUGCAUGUAUUUUACGUAGCAAUGCUUUGUGUGGAGGAGCAGAGUGUGGAGAGACCAACAAUGAGAGAAGUUGUGCAGAUUCUCUCUGAGCCUCCAAAGAUCAAGCCCACCAAUGCCAAUGAAGUCAAAGGCACUUCACCAAUUGCAGACAUCAAGGAAUCCAAGGACUCUGCUCCUGCUCUUGCCCCCACAACAUCUCCCACUUCUACUCUUGCUCCGAAUCCAGUUUCAAAUCCAGUUUCAACCCCACCCCCAGCUCAGUCCCCUCCUGAUCUUCUUAGCAUAUAAAUAACUAUACCAAUACUACUGUUUUUCUGUUCUUUUUUUUGUAAUGGGUGGUGGAGAUAUAAGCUAUGGAAGGCAAGCUCCUUCCUGUACAAAUCGGUAAUGUGCAUUUUUAAAAUUCCAGUUAGUACUAUUUCAUGUUGGGGAAACGGGUAAUUCAUAGGUGGCAUAAGUUUCAUAGGUGGGAAGUAAGCAAGUCUUUUCUGGGAAGAGGAAUUCUAGGAGGUCGAGGUCUUUGAAACAAAUUAUUGGGAAUUGUAGCUGUCUCCUUUCAGAGAGAAUGUAGUCGACGUUGGAGCAGGACAUCAUGUUUAACAGCAAAAUGGAAAAAUGGGCUUCCUGGGUGUUGUCCUGAAAACGAAAAACACUUAGCAAUGGUGAAUUUGUGUGGGAAAUAUAUACAUGUAAUUUUUCGCUUAAGAAGAUGAAAUGAAUGUUGUUAUGCACGUUUUUCUUCAUUC